GUAGCGACCGAGGAGUAAGAAUUUCCAGGAACAAGUUUCGAGAGGUCACCGGGCUGAGGAUGGCCGAUUUCCCCUCUCAGUUAGAGCCAUCGGCUCCGCUGGAACUCAGUGGCGACUUCAAGAAGCCUUCCUUGCCGGUACCCCCAGCGUUGCGGGGGAAGGCCCCGGUCACCAGUCCCUCCAACGCUGAGGAGGUGAAGAAAGACAGACCCACGGCGCUGCUGGACCCUGAUCCCGGGGAGCCUGACGUUCCGCCUGCCCGGCCGGACAGCGAGAAAACUAGCGGCUCCCUGGAGGAGCAGCUUCCACCCUCUACAGCGGAUUCGUCUCUUGGCGGUGCGUCUCGGGCACCUGCUUAUCAAGAGCCGCCGUGGGGCGGGCCGGCUACCGCCGCUUACAGCCUAGAGACCUUGAAGGGAGGCACUAUUCUUUGCACCCGUAGCUUGAAAGGGACGAGUCACUGUGUUUUCGGGCGACUGUCUACCUGCGACGUGUGCUUGGAGCAUCCUUCGGUGUCUCGGUACCACGCCGUGCUACAGCACAGAGUGUCCGGCCCCGGCGAAGAAUGCGACGGCCACAGGCCCGGCUUCUACCUCUACGAUCUAGGAAGCACCCAUGGAACUUUUCUUAACAAAACUCGCGUCCCACCCCGCACCUAUUGCCGGGUCCACGUCGGACAUGUUCUUCGCUUUGGAGGCAGCACCAGGCUCUUUAUUCUGCAGGGGCCAGAGGAAGACCGAGAGGCAGAAUCUGAGUUAACAGUAACACAGUUGAAGGAAUUACGCAAGCAGCAACAAAUGAUGUUGGAGAAGAAGAUGUUAGGAGACGACUCAGAUGAAGAAGAGGAAAUGGAUACUACUGAAAGAAAGAGAAAUACUGGUAGUCAAGAUGAUGAGAUGGGCUGCACCUGGGGAAUGGGAGAAGAUGCUGUAGAGGAUGAAGCUGAAGAGAACCCCAUUGUCUUAGAAUUUCAGCAGGAAAGGGAAGCCUUUUAUAUAAAAGAUCCUAAAAAGGCUCUCCAAGGUUUUUUUGACCGAGAAGGUGAAGAAUUAGAAUAUGAAUUUGAUGAACAGGGACACAGUACUUGGCUCUGCAGAGUGAGGUUACCUGUGGAUGAUUCAACUGGAAAACAACUGAUGGCUGAGGCCGUUCACUCAGGAAAGAAGAAGGAAGCCAUGAUCCAGUGCUCCCUAGAAGCUUGUCGAAUCCUCGAUACUUUGGGAUUGCUGCGUCAAGAGGCAGUAUCUCGGAAAAGGAAAGCCAAAAACUGGGAAGAUGAAGACUUUUAUGAUAGUGAUGAUGACACAUUCCUUGAUCGUACUGGCCUGGUUGAAAAGAAGCGUCUCAAUAGAAUGAAGAAGGCUGGAAAGAUUGAUGAGAAGCCAGAGACUUUUGAAUCAUUGAAGUUACCCCCGAGGCGUCCAGAACUCCCUCCCACUCUAAUGAGAACAAAAGAUGAACCUGAAGUAGAAGAAGAGGAAGAAGAGGAGGAGGAGGAAGAAGAAAAGGAGGAAUGUGAAAAGAAACAAAUGGAGGGUGGAAGCAGUGGGCUACAGCAGGCAGUAGCACCAGAAGCAGCAGUGCCAGAAAUAAGACCUUCCACAGACUUCAUAUCUCGUAAAGAAACGAAAGGCCACGAAAACAUGCCUCAACUCAACCAAGUAAAACAGAAUAAAGACGACCAAGAGGUUACUGAAACAGCUUCAUCACUCCAGGAACCUUCAGCAUUAAAGAAUGAAUGUGAGAAAAGCAGAGAUGAAUUGAAGAAAAAGAAAGCUGCUGGUCCAAGCAAGCUUCCACCAGCACUUUCCUCCAAAUAUCCAGAAGAUGAUCCAGACUACUGUGUCUGGGUCCCACCAGCAGGUCAAAGUGGUGAUGGCAGGACCCAUCUUAAUGACAAGUAUGGCUAUUGA